AUUUUGUGGAGAGACGGAGAGCGAACGGUCGUGCGCUGCCCGCCCGCUGGAGCCUCGGUCUCGGCACGGACCCGCAGCAGGAGCGGCCGUCUCUUCCUCCUCCUUCCUCCCGUGAGAUUUUUUUGAUCUUCAGCUACAACGCAGCAACAUGGAUGCCCAGCCUGGAGCAGCAUCAGCCAGGAUGACCUGGAGCCAGGGGGGCCUUCGGAACAGAUGUACACCCUUCCUGGGUGAUGUUUCAGCUUUGUGAGAAACCUUAUCAACAAAGAAGAUGGCUAGCAACGUUACCAAUAAGACAGAUCCCCGAUCCAUGAAUUCCCGUGUAUUCAUUGGGAAUCUCAAUACUCUUGUGGUCAAGAAGUCUGAUGUGGAGGCAAUCUUUUCAAAGUAUGGCAAAAUUGUGGGUUGCUCUGUGCAUAAGGGCUUUGCCUUUGUCCAAUAUGUUAAUGAAAGGAAUGCCCGGGCAGCUGUAGCUGGAGAGGAUGGCAGAAUGAUUGCUGGCCAGGUUUUAGAUAUUAAUCUGGCUGCAGAGCCAAAAGUGAACCGAGGGAAAGCAGGUGUGAAGCGAUCUGCAGCGGAGAUGUACGGGUCAGUACCAGAACACCCUUCUCCGUCCCCUCUACUCAGUUCCUCAUUUGAUUUGGACUAUGACUUUCAACGGGAUUAUUAUGACAGGAUGUAUAGUUACCCAGCACGUGUUCCUCCUCCUCCUCCUAUUGCUCGAGCGGUGGUGCCUUCUAAACGCCAACGUGUUUCUGGAAACACCUCUCGGAGAGGCAAAAGUGGAUUCAAUUCAAAGAGUGGACAACGGGGCUCUUCUUCCAAAUCCGGAAAAUUGAAAGGUGAUGACCUUCAGGCCAUUAAGAAGGAGCUGACUCAGAUAAAACAAAAAGUGGAUUCUCUGCUGGAAAGCCUGGAAAAAAUUGAAAAAGAACAAAGCAAACAAGCAGACUUGUCCUUCUCCUCCCCAGUAGAGAUGAAGAACGAGAAGUCGGAGGAGGAGCAGAGCAGUGCCUCUGUGAAGAAAGACGAGACGAAUGUCAAGAUGGAGUCUGAGGCGGGCGCAGAUGACUCUGCCGAGGAAGGCGACCUGCUGGAUGACGAUGACAAUGAGGAUCGAGGGGAUGAUCAGCUGGAGCUGAUCAAGGACGAUGAAAAAGAAGCUGAGGAAGGAGAGGAUGACAGAGACAGCGCCAAUGGGGAGGAUGAUUCCUAAGCACAUAGCGGAGUUUAGAGAUCUUAUCCUGUUAAUCAUUUACCUAGGCGCUUGUGAGAGAUGGAAGUAACACCAGAUCCUCUCCCCUAGUUGUCUUCAGCAGUCUCACUGUUCGCCCUCUCCCUCUCCUGUGUUCAUUGAUUCAUAAUUGCCUUGCGCCUAGUUCCAUUCUCACAUCCUUUGAUGCUCCUUAGUAGUUUCGUUAAGUCUUACCCUGUAAGUUUUGCUUUUAAUUUUGAUACCUCUUUGACUUAACAAUAAAAAGAUGUAUGGUUUUUAUCAACUGUCUCCAAAUAAUCUCUGGUUAUGCAGGGAGUACAGUUCUUCCCAUUCAUAUAAUUUCAGUAGUUGCUUCCCUAACCGCAGAGGCAUCUCAUUUACUUGUGAUCCCUGAGAACAGCUUUGCAUUAGAGGUGUGUGUUUUCCCUCACUUGAGUGGGGCUGUUCAACACGAAUGUAACCAUGUAUUUUUGUGAAUGAGAGUUGGCAUGUCGAAUGCAUCUUACAGGAAAAUAGUGUAAUAGUCUUAAUAUUUGUUUUCUAAAGUUAAUACCAUGGGUUAUUUUUGUGAACAGCCUGAUGUUUGGGAUCUUUUUCUCAAAAUAAACAAUUCCUUAUUAAACCA